AUGACUGAUAGAAUAAGCAGUUUGCCAGAUGAAGUGUUGUGUUACAUUCUCUCUUUUCUUCCAACCAAACUAUCGGUUUCAACCAGUAUUCUCUCCAAGAGGUGGAGACCUCUCUGGCGCUCAGUUCCUGCGUUCGAUUUGGACUAUCCCUGUCCCAACUGGAAUAUAUUAUCACAUCCUGGUUUUUUUAUUUACAUUUGCACCUUCAUCGUUUCCCAGAUUUUGAAACAACCCAUCCAAAGAUUGCGUCUCAGAACUUCUCAUUUUCAAUCAAGGCUUGUUGAUGGUAAUGUAAUAAUGUCAUUUGUUAGAGGUGCUGCUUCCCGAGGCACGGUUCAACAUCUUGAUCUCCAUCUUUAUUUCUCUACUUUAAUUGAUAUGUCAUAUGACCUAGCUUGUUGCAAAACUCUAAGGGUUCUCAAAUUGAAUAGCGUGACAUUAGCCGUGUUUUCUUCGGCUGAUUUUCCCUUACUUAAAGUCCUGCAUCUUUCCAGUAUUCAUAUUUUAGAUGGUAAUCAUGUUCAUCAAAUUCUAUCUGCAUGUCCUGAUGUUGAGGACUUGAAAAUUGAGAUUGCAUAUAAACCAACUUUUUGUGGCUAUGAGGAUAUAAACGAGUUUAAACGAUUGCCUAAUUUGCUUAGAGCUGUUAUUGAUAAAGAUGUAGUUCCCUUGGAAGUUGUUUGCAAUGUUCAGUUUCUGAAGAUAAACAUCAAGGCAGGUGACGGAGAGACUAGUGAUCCCAUUCCUGUAUUUCAUAGUUUAACUCAUCUUGAAAUUAUGGAUUGUUAUUAUUAUUAUCGCAAUAAUCCUUCCAUAUACUGCCAUGAUGUGUUCAGAUUGUUGGAGCAUUGUCCCAAGCUUCAAAAUCUUUCCACUGAUAAGUCUACCUAG